AUGGCCACCCUUAGAAUGCCCUCUUUAUCUCGUCCUCUCAUGCAUCUUCGCUCCAACACUCAUAAACUCGCACCCAUCUCCCUCCGAGCCCAAAAGGUUCAAACCCAGAUCCUACCAAGACAAUAUGGCACUGUGUCAUCCGUUCCCCCUCAAGCAACAGAGAUCGCAACAGAGAUUGCAUCGGCCAAAAAAGACAUCUACCAAGAAGCUCUCAAUGCAACUGAACCUCGUACCAAUUGGACGAAAGAAGAGAUCAAAGAGAUUUAUGAUAAGCCGUUGAUGGAAUUAUGUUGGCAAGCGGGGAAUCUGCAUCGGAAAUUUCAUAUACCGGGCGCGAUUCAGAUGUGUACGUUGUUGAGUAUUAAGACGGGGGGUUGUUCGGAGGAUUGUUCUUACUGCGCCCAAUCAUCCCGCUACAAAACCGGUCUCAAAGCCUCCAAAAUGGCCUCCGUCGAGUCCGUCCUAUCCGCGGCCCGUAUCGCCAAAGAAAACGGCAGCACACGUUUUUGCAUGGGAGCCGCCUGGCGCGAUUUGCGAGGCCGCAAAACCAAUCUCAAAAAUGUCAAGACAAUGGUCAGCGAGAUUCGCGGCAUGGGAAUGGAGGUAUGCGUUACACUUGGGAUGAUUGACGCCGAGCAAGCUCAAGAACUUAAAGAGGCGGGUCUCACGGCUUAUAAUCAUAAUGUGGAUACAUCGCGGGAUUUCUAUCCCAAGGUUAUCACGACGAGGAGUUAUGAUGAGAGAUUGAAUACGAUUAAGAAUGUGAGGGAGGCGGGCAUCAAUGUAUGUACCGGGGGAAUCCUGGGGUUGGGCGAGAAUAAGUCGGAUCAUAUUGGACUUUUGGAGACGGUGGCUACGUUGCCUGCGCAUCCCGAAUCGUUUCCUGUUAAUAUGUUGGUGGCUAUUAAAGGAACUCCGCUUGAAGGUAACAAGAAGGUAGAGUUUGAGAGUAUGUUGAGGAUGGUUGCGACGGCUAGAAUCGUCAUGCCAAAAACGAUUGUACGGUUAGCGGCUGGAAGAGGAGAGUUGAGCGAGGAACAACAAGUUUUGUGUUUUAUGGCUGGUGCCAAUGCGGUUUUCACGGGAGAGACAAUGUUGACUACGCCAGCUGUUGGAUGGGGUGUUGAUUCUGUCGUUUUCAACAGGUGGGGAUUGCGACCCAUGCAAAGUUUCGAGGUAGAAGCUUUGAAGAACGAUAAACCUGCGGUUUCGGCCCAGGAAAUUUCAGCCGAGGAAAAUAAGGCGCAGAUGCCAGCUGAGACUGUUGCUUGA